AUGUCUGACCCCGGCCCCAUCUACGAGCUUCUCGGCAAGCUGGCAUAUGCUUUCGCUGAAGCGCAGCCACUGCUUCCUACCUACUCUCACCUCCUCAUCUCCGCUCUCUUCCCCAUUUACGCCGGCGCGCACUCGUCGCUUACCCGUCCGUCCUCUGCCGCCAAACCAAAGAAAGCACCGAAGGUUGAUACCGCGGAUGAUGGAUACGAAUCGGAAGAAGAUGAGGAGGAGGAUAUCCAGCAGAUGGAGGGCCUGUCAACCCGCGAUGCUAUAAUAUUCCCGAUCAUGGCAGGAGUGACGCUCACUGGUCUUUACUUUCUUAUCAAGUGGAUGCAGGACCCGCAACUCUUGAACAAGAUCCUCAACGCCUAUUUCUCACUCUUUGGUGUACUGAGCAAGUGGACGGUCAAGUUCUUUUUGCGCAACGUGGCAUCAGUGCGCGGCCACCUUGGACUUCAUGGUGUUGUUGGCUUUGUUCUGGCUGUGGUUGCUGUCGGAUACUUCAACUUCGUAGACAAGCCGUGGUUUUUGACCAAUCUCAUGGGCUUCGCUUUCUCGUACGGGGCUCUUCAGCUCAUGAGCCCCACAACGUUCGCUACCGGGACACUCCUGCUUUCCGCCCUGUUUUUCUACGACAUCUACAUGGUUUUCUUCACACCCAUGAUGGUUACGGUGGCCAAAUCCCUGGAUAUCCCAAUCAAGCUCGUUUUUCCCCGUCCCGACAUUCCUUCGGCGGAUCCGGCCAAACCACCAAUCAAGCAACACGCAAUGCUCGGUCUCGGGGAUGUUGUCCUUCCCGGUAUAAUGAUCGGCCUUGCUCUCCGGUUUGAUUUGUAUCUGCAUUACCUGCGCAAACAAACAACGCUCAAGGCGUCCAGCCAGACCACUGAAGCUAAUAAGGACUCUGGGGCAACGGCUGAUGCAAGCUCUACCGAUCAAUCCGUGCAGAUUGUGAAGGCGCCGUACGCCUCGGUCUCCAACAAAUGGGGCGAAUGGUUUUGGGCGCGUUCGGCGGCACAUUCCUUCCCGAAGCCUUACUUCACCGCAACCAUGGUCGGCUAUGUAGUGGGUAUGCUAACCACCCUUGCAGCUAUGCAGAUUGCAGACCAUGCUCAGCCCGCGCUCCUCUACCUGGUCCCUGGGGUGCUCAUUGCCUGCUGGGGUACUGCUUUGGUAAGGGGUGAGUUGAAAGUGAUGCAGGACUUUAGCGAGGCAUUCGAAGAUGAGGAGGAGCUUCGCAACCACAGCAUCCUGUCCAAGGAGCGCACGAAGCGCGCAGAGAAGAAGCUGGAGCGGGCUACUAAGAAAUAUGUGGAGACAGUUGAGGAGAGUGGCGACGAGACGGUACAGUCCAGGAAGGGGAAGAAUGCGGAUUCCUCGCACGACCACGAUCACGAUGUCUUCUACUUUGCCAUUAGCGCGCCCUUUUCGUUUUCCAAGAAGGAGAAAAGCGCCGAGGAGGAGAAAGGAGCGUCGUCUGAGACGGACUCGGCGAAUAGCACGGUCAAUUGGCGCUCAGCAAGUGGGACGCAAGCAGCAGGCGGCGAGCCAGCCGAGAAGAGGAGGCGCACCAGCUAA